AUCAGCUGUUUAACGUUGUUUUCGCAACAGCUGAUUUGCUAUAAGCCAUAAAAAACUUCUUUAUAUUUAAAUUAAGUUUUUAGUUAGGAAAAUGUUAAAUUAUUUAUAAAUAAAUCAAAAAUGGUGUCCAUACUUUCAAGAGUCAAAGACGUAAUAAAAUACAGCAUGAUGUAUGCUUGUGUUACGCACUGUACCUUUGAAUAUGUCGGUGAUUUUGUGGUGUGCAACGGUCCAUCCAUGGAGCCUACAUUGCAUUCGAAGAACAUCCUGCUGACGGAACGCAUAUCCACGCGUUUUCACAAUCCGCGACGAGGCGAUAUAGUUAUUGCUGUGUCUCCCACCGAUCCCAAGCAGUUUAUUUGCAAACGCAUUGUGGGCAUACCUGGAGAUCGAAUUGUUUUGAAGAACAACACAACACCGAAAGAAACCGAUAUCGAUGCUUUAGUCACAAGUAAAAAGCAGAAAGUCAGUGAAUUUCAGGAUGAAUAUGUGCCGCGUGGUUACGUAUGGAUUGAAGGUGACAACAGUGAAAACAGUUCGGAUUCACGCUACUACGGUCCAAUACCACUAGGACUUGUGAAAAGCCGUGUUGUCUGUCGGCUUUGGCCAAUAAAAGAAAUGCGUAUGUUAUAGGCACAAAGUUUAAUGAUAGAUUCUACUUUCUGCCAAAUAGUAAAUAUACACUUGUUAUUUUCUGUAAGUUUACAAAUAAAAUACUUAAAAAAAGUACAAA